AUGUCAGCUCAACGCAGUGCAUACGAAGAGUUGCAACGAGCUGCCGCCGCCAUGUCUCCCACGCGAUCGAAGCGCUCCGUUGCCAACGACCCACAGGCGACCCCCACCCCUUCACGUCCUGCUUCGCCUAUGGAUGAUCUGAACGCGGACGAGCAGAGAAUGGUGAACAACGUCCUGACGGGCCCGCAGCCGCGUUCUCGUACGUCUUAUGCGCUGUCGACGGUAGCACCGUCAGCCUUGGAGCCGGAGAUUCAGCAUUCGCACUUCCAUGAUAUGGAGCUCUGCCAACUGCUGAACGCGCUGGAUCAACCUAUGGGAGAGCCAGUCAAGAAGGCCGUUAGGAAGGCUGUACGGGCAAGAGUCAAGAAGCUCGGCAUGAAGCACGACAACGAGGCAGGUCUACCGCAGUACCGCAAGUCCUAUCACGACCACGACCCAAGCGUGCAUCUUAUGGCUGCUCUCCAAGCUCAGCCUUCGUCGAAACGGUCCACGCAGAUCGGCACCGCCGCCGACCCUCCGGAGUGGGCGAAGGAUCUCAUCGACGGCAUGAUAAACAUGCGUGAACGCCUUGAUAGCCUCGCACCGAAGAUUGAGCGGAGCUUGCGAUCUUCUCAGGGCGAAUCAUACGUCACCGACCGAAGAGGCUAUCCUGCUUAUGGCUCGCAGGCGGGUGGCUACGCCCAGAGUCCAAUGACCCAGACUGUGAACAUGGCGACGACGAUGGGCGACGAAUCCAUGUAUCAGCCUGUGGACACGGAGUUGCGCACUUCGACGAACCUCCAUACGCUGCCUGGGUCUAUGCACCAUCAUGACGGGUCCCUGCAUGAUGCCAUCCCGGAAGAGGACGUCUAUGACGAUGAUGACGAUCUGCAGGGUCACCAUUUGGCGCCCACCGACGAUCAGACUCGUGGCAUGGGCAGCGAAUACAUGCCGAAUGACCGCACCGAUUCUCCGGGCCAGCAGUACCUCGAGGAGCAGUUCUACAAGCUGCGAGAGCGGCCGAACGGUAGCCAGUCGGUGGCCACGCACAAGACAUGGGAGGUUGCACGAGACGACGGCGAAGACUAUGACGAUGGCGAUGCGCAGGCAGCCGUCACAGAGUCCGGCCUGCCUGAAAUACCCGACGGGAACACGGGAGGCUACACUGACCGCCGAGGGUCGCCUCCGCUCCCACCUCUCCCUCAGGACGGCAGCAACAUGCCCGACCAUCAGCUUUGGCAGCCUGGAGAUUACGCGAAUGAGCGUAGCCUGCCACCACCGUGGCAGCGGAUUCACCAGCGCCUACUGAACUGGGCAAUCGUCUGGCGGACGUCUGAACUGGACAACGCGGUCAACAGUACGAUGCGGGGGAUGCAGGUGGAUGAGGUGGCGCUCAGCAUCUGGUCGACGCAGACGUAUAAACGCUAUGUGAGGGCUAAGAUGACGGACAGCCCUCCCGGGCGGGUCGACCGCCUCUUUGUUCCGCCCAACAUGGCAGAUGCUAUUAGUGCCGCCGUCUAUAAUGGACGACAUGGCGAUGCCUGUGGAAUGCUCAGGGACCUAUGGGCUCCCUUCGGGCUUGAGGGGAUCCCACGCUUGCUCAUCGUCCUUGCUAAGCAUCGGAAUGAUGAGAGCCAUUGGGUCGUCCAUCGCUUCUCUCUCCCAGAUGGGUCUCUCACUACCUAUGAUACAUAUCCUGAGCGAUGUCUGCCAGAUGGCCGCCCCCUAGGAUGGUGGUUCGCGAUUCGCAUUGCUUGGCCGGAUGCCAUAUACCCGAGCCCGGACCAUCUCAUGCAGAAGAUGGUUCGCCUUCACCGUCCCAUGCAGCUUUCCAUCGACAACUCAGUCGCGGCAGCCGGCAUUUGGCGCAACUUGCUCAUGGGUUCGCGUGCUGAGCGAAGUCUCGAUCUCGAGCGCCUACGUGACCUCAUCAAUACCGAGGUGAAGAACCUCAGGCAGCGCAAAGAGAAGGGCAAGCUCUCCAUAGGACAAGCGCGGCCGAACUGGGAAGACUUGCACUGA